GCACAUCACCCACCCUGACUGACUGCCUGAGCCACCUCCGUAGGACGCUCCUCAGUCACCCACCCCGCCACGCCGCCCAGACACACAUGCACACUCAUGCCAUACAUACGAUGGAUGGAUGCGUCGACUACAUUCGUCUGAUCACGAGGUGGGGCUUAGCUUGUGGCGAGUUCCCUGCGCAGGAAAGCCAGGUAGCCCUCCGGCUCGACCUUCUCUCUCUGCUUGCACACAGCAACAGACAGACCAGCCCACACAAUCCAUCAGUCCACACAACUAGCGUGUGUCUCACAUGCUGCCCUGCCCACCUACCUCAGCUUUCUUCCACAGGUCGAAUGUGCGGUAUCCCGCCGUGUGGCCCCUCAGGAAGAAGGACUGGUGCAGCUUCACAUAGAUGUCCAGCCCCAAAAAAUACGUGUACCGCACCACUGCCGCACUGUCAGCCUGGUGGACCACACAGGAGACAUCUACAUCAUUCAGUGACUGACCACACACGGACAGUGACAACACAAAGACACUCGCAUGGAAGCAAGGUGCCUGACCGCGGGGGCUUUGGCGUGCAGGGCGUAUUCGAGAAUCGGCGCAAACUCGAUGGAAUGGUCCUCAGAGGUGAUAGGAGGCAGCUGCGGCACUGUCGUCUCCUUUGCCGCUACCUGCCCUUCCUCUGCCGCCCUCUUGGCGUUGCCCUGCAUCAGCUUCAGCUUCUGCAGCACAUAAGGGCCCAGCCUGAUGACAAGAGACGAUCAGAGAAUGGAUGAGAGCAUCGCUAUGCGUGUCGUCAGUCUGUCUUCACUUGGCUUACUUGUUCCAUGCGUCGAGGACGUUUGGCUCGUACACGAAGCAGAGGACCUCAUCCCUUACAUCCUCCAGCCGCUGACGGACAUCAGCCACGUACGCCGCGUCCUGCAGACAGACAGACAGACAGGCAGUCAGACCGGGAGGAGGAGGAACAGGAUGUGCCCUUAACGUACCUUGGCUUUGAUGUCCUGGUUGGCGGCGAGUGCGGCAUAGGCGACCUUCAUGAGUCUGCUCAUGGCGAUGAACUGUGCGAUCUUGCCCACAUUGCCGUCGUCGUCAGUCAGCAUCUGCAUCGCCGACACGUGGUGCUCGAUGUGAUGAUCCAACUCAGGAAGAUCCUGGGAGAUGCCACUCUGACACACACAUAGAGAGACACCAUGUAAAGGAUAGGGAAGUACUCAUUGAGGGUACUGACACAGUCGCUGACCACAUGAGUGGCGAGGCAGUCGUGUUGGUGGUCCGCCCCCAGGAUGAUGACGAAGCACUUGUCGCAGAACCAACGCAUCUCCGCGGCGACCUCAGCUCCCUGCUCACCCUUACGCGCAAUCGGCAGGGCCAGCGAGCCCUCGCCCUGCACAACCACCCCUGCAGCCGUCUCCGGCACACUUGGAGACACCCAACCUCUGCUCUCCGUCUCCGUCUCUGUCGAUACGCUCGGCGGGUGUGCGGCAGCAUCCAUGACUCCCGACGGGGGCUCUGCGGGCGCUGGCGCCGGUCGGUGCUGAGCCUUAGUGUCCUCUCUCUGGUGCACUCUGCUCACAGCCGUCUGUCUUGGCGGCUCAGCUUUGGGUGGAGUCGGCACCUUAACAGCUGAAGCCGGUGCCAUGGCUGCGGCUGCUGCUGUAGGCGCCGGUGGACGCUCCCAACGAGCACUGGGCCUGCCGGUGGUACUCAGCGGGUCCUGAACAGGCAGGGGGGGCUGUGCUUGUGCUUGCGCCGCGGCCACAGGUUGCUGCUGCUGCUGCUGCUGCUGCUGAAACGACUGCGUGACGGGCAUGGGUCGACUCUUGAGUGUGUAGUCUAUGGAGGCGACUUUGAUGCUGUCCCGAAUAGAGCCACGUCUGAUACUGUGGUCCAUAGCUGCAGAGGAGGUGACCUUGAAACUCUGGUCCAUGGAUGCGCCGCCUCCCCCAGCUGACGGGGGGAGGAGAUACGAUUGGCCGCUUGGGUGCUGCUGAGCGGCCCCAUGAGCACCUGAUUGAGUGUGGUAGGCAUAGCCUGGCUGAGGCUGAGGUGUGGGUUGACGCUGAGGGGCCAUAGAGCUGCGGUAGUACUGCGGCUGCUGCUGUUGUGGCUGGUAUUGUUGCUGACUCAGAGCCUGGUAUGGUUGCUGCUGGUACUGCUGGUAUUGUUGUUGCUGGUAUGAGUAUGACUGAGGGGCCUGACCGUAUUGCUGCUGCUGCGCGUAAAAGGCAGCUUGGGUGUGUUCGGGCAGGCUGUACUGGAUGUAUUGGGGUGCCCCGAGAUACUGGACGCUGCUCCCGGAGACGGUGACAGUCAGGUUCUGGGGAGCCUGAGCGGGCCGGGAGUAGCCGGGAUGGCCGUACAUGAUGUGUAUGCGCGUCUCGAAAGUGGGUCGAAAGUGGGGAGCCUGUCGUCCGUCUUGGGCACGCUCCUCACAGCU